AGGGAUAAAAGGCUUUGCUGGCGUGUCCAGGAAGGACGCCACCCUGCCUGUUUCACACUUGCGAGGAGCCUGGUAGGCAUCUGCUCUCACAUCCAGAGGAGCCUGUGGCCCCCACCUCCCAGCUCUGGCCUCUCACUUUGUUCUGCCCCCAUGUCACCGAGGGUCUGGGCCUCGGCGUGAGUGGCACUACUGUCCCUGAAUCUGCAUCUGCUCCUGCCUCCUCCACCUGCUCUUUAAAUUCGUUAGAGCUGGGCUCGCAGCUCCAGGAUGCUCCUUCUACUGACCUUACUGCAAGCCUUGGCUCUAGCCAUUGCCCAGAGUCAAGGAGAUCAUAAAAUUAUUGGUGGCUACACGUGUAUCCAGAACUCCCAGCCGUGGCAAGUGGCCCUGCUAGCAGGUCCUGGGCGUCGCUUCGUGUGUGGCGGGGUCCUGCUGUCAGACAAGUGGGUCAUCACUGCUGCUCACUGUGCCCGCCCGAUUCUUCACGCCGCCCUGGGCAAGCACAACCUAAGAAGGUGGGAAGCCACUCAGCAGGUGGUGCGUGUGGGGCGCCAGGUGCCACACCCCCAGUACCAACCCCGGGCCCAUAACAAUGACUUGAUGCUGCUGCAGCUGCAGAAGAGAGUGCGGCUGGGCCGAGCGGUGAGGACCAUCGGUGUGGCCAGGCUCUGUGCCAGCCCAGGGACUCCCUGCCGGGUGUCGGGCUGGGGGACCACAGCCAGCCCGGUUGCCAGGUACCCCAAUGCUCUGCAGUGUGUGAACGUCAACAUCAUGUCCGAGGAGGCGUGCCGCCGAGCCUACUCUGGAGCCAUCACAUCUGGCAUGGUCUGUGCUGGGGUUCUUGAAGGUGGAAAGGACUCCUGUCAGGGUGACUCUGGGGGACCCCUGGUGUGUGGAGGACAGCUCCAGGGCCUUGUGUCCUGGGGAAUGGAGCGAUGCGCCAUGCCUGGCUACCCGGGGGUCUAUGCGAACCUGUGCAAUUACCAAAACUGGAUCCAGAGGACAAUGCAGGGCAACUGACCAUCCAUUACUAUCCUCUUGCUGCCAGAUGUCCCUGUGCUCCACUGCCUCCUCCCUCAGACCCUGGAGUCCUCCUCAGCUCUCCUCCCUCAUACUUAAGACUCCAGUCCCCAACCUCCUCCCUCAGACCCAGGCCCCCAGGCCCAGCCCCCUCCCUCAGACCCAGGCCCCCAGACCCAGCCCUCCUCCCUCAGACCCAGGUCCCCAGGCCCAGCCCCCUCCCUCAGACCCAGGGCUCCAGUCCCCAGCCUCCUCCCUCAGACCCAGGAUCCUUGCCCUUACUCCAGGUUCCCCCUUACUUCCCAGGAUCUUGGCUCUGGAAUCUCUCAUAGCUUGUCACAGUUUGAGGCUCACUGGGUCAAGAAGCUAGAGUACAAAUACUCUGGGCCAGCAUCCACAUCCAGAGAAGGCUGCUUCCAAAACUCUUACUGUCUCUAAAACCCAAAUAAAUAAAAAACAAAAAUGGAAUCAUC